CCCCCUGCUCUGCUUCUGCACAGGAACGUGAUGCCCAAGACGCUGGAUGGGCAGAUCACCAUGGAGAAGACCCCCAGCUACUUUGUGACCAAUGAGGCCCCCAGGCGCAUUCACUCCAUGGCCAAGGACACGAAGCUGAUCGUGGUGGUGCGGAACCCGGUCACCCGGGCUAUCUCUGACUACACACAGACUCUCUCCAAAAAGCCAGAGAUCCCCACCUUUGAGGUGCUGGCCUUCAAGAACAGGACUCUGGGGCUGAUUGAUGCCUCCUGGAGUGCUAUCCGCAUUGGGAUUUAUGCCCUGCACUUGGAAAACUGGCUUCAGUACUUCCCCCUCUCCCAGAUCCUGUUUGUCAGUGGUGAGAGGCUCAUCACUGACCCAGCUGGGGAAAUGGCCAAGGUCCAGGACUUCUUAGGCCUCAAGAGGAUUGUGACAGAGAAGCAUUUUUAUUUUAAUAAAACGAAGGGGUUUCCCUGUCUAAAGAAGCCAGAGGACAGCAGUGCUCCCCGGUGUUUGGGCAAGUCCAAGGGUCGAACUCACCCCAAAAUAGACCCAGACGUCAUCCACAGACUGCGGAAGUUUUACAAACCCUUCAAUGUCAUGUUUUACCAAAUGACAGGCCAAGAUUUCCAGUGGGAGCAGGAAGAAAGUGAUAAGUAGAACCACAAAAUCAGGAAAAAUUUUUUUUUGUUUUUGGGAUGUGAAUCAUCAUUUCAGACCCAAAACUCUCUUGGGGCUAGAGGCUCAGCCCUGAGUGUAGCAGGCUCUUGUGUUGUCAGGGCUGCAGCAGAAGUUCAGGAACUCUAGUGGCCUGUCACCUUGGGCUGCUCUCCCCACGGUGCCACUGGGGGUCAGGGGCAGGUGGGAGGAGGAGGAGGAGGGGAAGCAGGGAUCCUCAGGGUGAUGGGGCACUUUGUGUCACCAUUUCGCUGCUGGUGUCCCCCUUGCAGCCAGGCAGGCAGGACCAGACCUCGUGCCAUGGCAAGCUGGGCAAGAGGGUGGCUCCCAAAACCCAGCACUGGGACAAGCCCAUAGAUUUGAUUUCUCCCGCCCUGCACUUUAGUUUUGCCCAAACAGCAGCAUCUGAUCUGGUAAAUUCAGGCCUUGUGUACUCAUAUGCACACUGGUCUUUGUGUGUGGAAGGAAUAAAGCCAGUUAUGCUGCAAAGGAACUAUGUACAGGAACUUCAUUUGCACCAAACGUUUCAAUUACUUCUUGCACUAAAACUAGAAUUUACCAAGUGCCACAGACACCUGGCCUCAAUUCUCCUCUGGCUGACGGGUGCCCCUCCACUGUCGGAAGAGAGUAGUUCCUUCUUUGCUGAGAAGCUCAGUGAGAUUGGCACUGGGGUCCCUCCAGGCCUCCACCCUCCUGGAAGCUGAAAGAACAUUCCCAGGCUCCCCAGGAGUGAGCCAGGCUCCCACUGCCCAGCCAGGAUGCCAAGGCACGGUGUGGUGCCACAUGUGUCCACACAGCACCUCCUGGCCAGGCUGUGCCAUGCCCUGCUCCAUGGUUUGGAGCCAGGUGUUGCCAGGGACUGAUGGGGUGGCUGCAGGGGGGACACCUGGGGACAGUCAGGACCCCUGGCACUGCCAUUCAUUUGCAUCUUGAAAACGCAAUCCCUGCUGCUUGCUGUGGACAGCUGGGGUCGCAGAACAGGGAAGCAGCCUUCAUCUUACUUCAGAAUUAAAAAAAAAGCAAUUAAUUCCCAGGGCAAGUGCUGCUCAGCGCACAAAACCUGUGCAUUUCUAGUGGAAAUGACCAAGUCACCCAAAUCUGCAAAUCCUGGCAGAAACUAUAGAAUAAACUUACACCCCUACUCAAUCCCCCAGUGUCAUGAGAGCUGUUUCCUGGGCCCAGCAGACAACAAGAGCAGCUCUUGCACACAACUGCACAGUUCCACCUCCACUGCUGCAGGAAACUAGGCAGAGGGGAAGCAAAGGUGAAAUGCAGAGCUGCUGAAACAAUCCCUCGCAUGGUGAUUUCUGAGGGCACUUGAAUACUGCUGGCAGCUCUCUUUGCUCUGAUGAGGGCUGAGACUACCUCCAACUUGGGGUGUAGCCACAUGAGAGCCCCCUCCCAUUGGGCAGGUCCCCAGCAGAGGUGCAGGAUGGGGUUGCUGUGGGAGGACCAGGACUCGGUUCUGAUUAAGGUGAAAGAACUCCCUACAGCUGCACCAAGCAGAUGAAAUCACUGUUGCAUUCCAAGGGUGACAAGCUGACCCUGCUCAGGGUUCCAGGGCCUGUCGUGUGGCUCAUGAUGCCAUGAAAUGGUGCCGGUGCCUUGGACUGGAUGAGAAGAGCUGAAGCCAUUUGGACCAUUUACUACGUGGCCCAUGCUGGAGGGGCACUGCGAAGACCCUGCUGGCAUCACGUCAGUUCCCAUCAGCCUGGUCAGAUUUAAAAACAGCUCCUGAUAUAGCACAGUUUUCACAAACCCACAAACUUCCAAAUUACUACAGGAAAAUUGGAAGUAUAUAACAAGAAUAAUCUUACGGUGUUUCACACGUUAUUAAAAUAUCAGAGCAGGUCCUACAUGAAACCUGUUGUUGCAUAAUUUGGUGCAAAUUGCUCAAUGGAGGACAAGGGGCUCACGGCCCAGCUCCCCCUCAGCAGAGGGAUGUCUGGGGAUGUCAGCCUGUCUGCAGAGUGCUGCACCCCAGCAUGGUGUGGGGCUGAGCACUGGGGCUGCCUGAUGGAGGGGCUCAGCUCCGGGGACGGGGGCUCCUGCGUGGGCUGGGGACGCGCUGCACCCCCCACAUUCACUCCCCUUAUUUCUGCCAUAUACUCAGAGGUUUAUUUUUUAUACCAGACGCCAUCUGCAGCUCUGCAGGAGCUGAUGGGUGCCCACAGAGAGAGGGGACCCUGCUCCCCUGCCCUGAGUGCCUGCUCCAUGGACACCAACCACUCAGCAUGGUGCAACAGGACCCUCCAGCCCCCCAGCCCUCUCUCCAGGUACAACCGUGGUGCUACCAGCACUGCUGGGAGGGAGCAGGGACGUGCCAGUCACCCUGCCGUGGGCUGGGGGCAUGGGGACUGGGGUGGGGGUGCUGUUAUUUUGUUUCGUUCUUUGGAAAUGCACCCCAUGUAUGCCCCACUGCAGCUGGGGAUGGAUGGGGGGAUUGUUUUCUAUCUGGCCAGAGAAAGGCCUGCCAAAUGAGAGUCAGGUUAAUAACACUUUUUUUAAAAAAACUAUUCAAAUGUCAGCAUUAGAAUACACAGGAAAUUGAAUUUUGUAUUUGGUUUCAAUUAGCAAAGCAUAAAUUAUAUUUAAUUUUAUACACAGACUGAGUGAUUCAUUGUUCUGGAAAAGCUGGUACUUUCUGGUUCAGAGACUGGAAAUGGAGAGUGGGUCUGUUCUGAACCUUACUUGCUGUGCUGUCACUGCCUCCCCAGCGCGUCUCUGUCUGUCAGUGUCUCUGUACCUGAACGAUGUGACUGUCCUGAACUGAACCCUGGAACCCCCAGCACUAAACAAUAAAUCAUUGUAGCAGCUGCA